AUGAAAUUGUAAUUGCUUCUAUUGGUUUGCUUGUCAUUUGCUGCCUGCUAAUCAUUUACUUAUACUUAAUCACUUGCUUAAGACUUAGCUGGUUUCUCUCUUGCUUCUUACUGUAAUCCUAAAUCUAUAGAACAAUGGAAUUGUGGAUGUGCUUGUGAUAAAAACCCUUAAGGACUUCGAAAUGUUACUAUCUUAUUUAACUCUACUCUAUAAGCUAGUGGAUAUUUAGGCUACUCCACUCAUCAUGAUGCAAUUGUUGUUGUAUUCAGAGGAACAGUACCUUGGUUAAUCGAAAAUUGGAUUGCUGACUUAAACACCUUCAAGACUUAGUACCCACUCUGCCAAAACUGUUAUGUCCAUUAAGGCUUUUAUAACCAGUUCAAAUAAUUGAAAUCUCAGCUUGUUACUAGCUUUACUUCACUUCGUUAACUAUAUCCUAAUGCAAAAGUAUUUGUUACAGGACAUUCUCUUGGUGCUGCAAUGAGUGCUCACUCAAUACCAGUAAUUUACUAAUUAAAUGGAAAUAAACCUAUUGAUGCUUUUUACAAUUAUGGUUGUCCUAGAGUAGGUGACUAAACUUAUGCAAACUGGUUUAACAGUUAAAAUUUUGCCUUAGAAUAUGGUAGAAUUAAUAAUGCUGCUGAUCCAGUUCCUCAUUUACCUCCUCUUCUUUACCCAUUUUCAUUUUUCCACUACAACCAUGAAAUAUUCUAUCCUUCUUUUGUUCUUUUUGGAAACUAACAUAACUAAUGUUAAAACGCGGAAACAAUAUUUGGUGCAGAUGGAGUAAUAAUAGCAGCUAAUGUUCUAGACCAUCUAACUUAUUUUGGAUGGGAUUGGUCUGGUUCUAUAUUAACUUGCUAAUGA